AUUGUUUGACGUGUGAUGUAAACCAAUCAGAGGCAACCACGACCAAAAUCUUGAAGAUUGUGACAGAAGUUGUUAAAACGUCUGCUAGAAUGGCAGGAACACAAUUUAUGAGGAUAUUCCUCCUUAAUUUAUCAUUAUGUGUAAUAAUUACAUUAGCAGGGAGAGAUUUUUACGAUAUUUUAGGAGUUAGACGGAGUGCCAGUACACAUGAGAUUAAAAAGGCUUAUAGAAAAUUAGCAAAGGAAUUGCAUCCUGAUAAAAAUAAGAAUGAUCCUGAUGCUUCGCAAAAAUUUCAGGAUCUUGGAGCUGCUUAUGAAGCACUUUCAGAUCAGGAAAAUCGAAAAUUAUAUGAUAGAUGUGGUGAGGAGUGUUUAAAAAAGGACGGUUCUAUGAAUGGUGCCGAUCCUUUCUCCAGUUUCUUUGGUGAUUUUGGUUUUCACUUUGGUGGUGAACAACAACAGCAUCAAACUCCUAAGGGAGAUAAUAUUGUUAUGGAAUUAUUUGUAACUCUCGAAGAGUUGUAUAGUGGUAAUUUUAUAGAGAUAACGAGAAAUAAACCUGUGAUGAAAGCAGCAAAAGGGACGAGAAAAUGCAAUUGCAGACAGGAAUUAGUAACACGUAAUUUAGGUAGCGGAAGGUUCCAAAUGAUACAGCAAAAUGUUUGCUCCGAAUGUCCGAACGUACAAUUGGUUAAUGAGGAGCGAAUUCUAGAGGUGGAAGUUGAAGCCGGAAUGGUUGACGGUCAAGAAACGAAAUUCACUGCAGAAGGAGAACCUCAUAUUGACGGAGAUCCCGGCGAUUUGAUUCUAAAAAUUCAGGCCCAACCUCACGACACAUUCGAGCGAAUUGGUGACGAUCUUUACACAAAUGUGACGAUAUCGUUACAAGAUGCACUGAUUGGUUUCAGUGUCGAUAUCGUUCAUUUGGAUGGACACAAAGUAACCAUCACGAGGGACAAAGUAACGAAACAUGGCGCUCGAAUCAGGAAAAAGGGAGAGGGUAUGCCUAAUUAUGAUAACAAUCAUCUCUACGGCAAUUUAUACAUUACGUUCGAUGUCUCCUUCCCGGAUAAAGAAUUUUCAGCCGAAGACAAAGAAGCAAUUAAAAAUUUAUUGAAACAAACAUCCAACAACAGGAUAUACAAUGGAAUUCGAGGAAAUUAAAAAAAAUAGUUUUGAUUAAAUUUUCUAAAUGUAAAAGGAGAAACACUGUACUAAUUAGUGCAAAAAAAGAAAAAGCAAUCCUUGCAACAAGUGCUUCAUGAUUCCUGUUUCUUCCUCGAAACAUUUUUUUUUGGUUAUCAGUCGCACUUUGUACUUCUAGAUUUAGAAUUUCUCUUUUUUGGUGAAAUAAGAAAGAAAAUGCUAAUGAAGUAUAUUACAAGACUGUUAAACUAUACUUACAUUGUUCAUCAGCAUAAUAUCUUGGAGUGACGUUUGCAAGGAUCAAUCCAAUAGAUUUAUUUGAAUUUUUAAGUUAUUGUUGAGUGUGUGAUAGUGUACAUGUAUUUUGCUAAAUGAAAUCAUGUUUUUUCAUACAUGCUGUUUAUAUUCGAGUAUCUGACUAAAAGAAUUUUUAAGAUCUUGUUAGAAAAAAAAAGUGUAUUUUGAAUUUGAAUGGAUAAAGUAUGUAUGAGAACAAGAUGAAAAUAUAUCAACGUGAAAGGAGAA